AUGCUCGACCCAUCCUCAACGGCUACAACAAAUUUCACCCCUGUGGACGCUCCGAGACUCCGAGAAUGUAUCGUCAAACUGGGUGAGCCAUCCUUUGGAGCAAGCGCCAUUGUCAAGAGAUUUGACGCUCCUUGCAACCCCGAGGUUCGCGUUUCCGGCGUCAAAGCCUUCACCGAAUGCCUCCAAACCUUGGUCCAUUCAGGACGGGCGCCUCUGCUCCAGAAGCUGUGGAUACUUGAUGCCUUGCCGCAAGGGGUUCAAUGGGCGUCAUUCGGCGCCUUCGUGCGCCGCGAUGUUCUUGCGAACAAGAGCCAGACACUUCCCUGGAAAAACAUCGCCGCCCACAGCAGCAAAUCCAAGAACAGCUUGCUCGUUCGCAUGCCAACGGACGAAGGCGGAGAAGAUCUGCUUACGGGUGCGCAGGACAUGGAAUCUCGUUGA